AUGAAGCAAGAUAAUCUGUCGGUCGUGCUGGCCGAGCGGCCGACUGCAGAGAUCGUCCCCGGCCAGACUUUCCACAAAAAGACAACGCCGAUACCUUCACCAGCUGAUCUCAAGGAUGGAGAAAUUCUCGUCGAAACUUUAAUUUGGGCUUUGGAGACAACUGCUAAUGACAAGUCCGUUUGCAACGUUGAAGACACUCGCUCCUACCUUCCGCCGGUCAAGAUUGGCGCGGUGAUGCGAGGCGCCACGGCCGCCCGGGUUAUCGCAUCCAAGAGUAAACGGGCGGCGGCAGGAGACUAUGUCAGUGCUAUGUCAGGAUGGACUGAAUACGCCAUACUUGGAGAGGGCCAGUUUGAGCCCGCUUCGUCCUUUCCAGGUCUCAAUCCCAAUGAGCCCCAAGACAUUCUUUCAGUACUGGGACUCACUGGUGCGACGGCGUGGUGGGGAAUGACACAAAUUGGCGACCCAAAGCCAGGAGAACUCGUCGUCGUCUCCGGUGCUGCUGGCGCGACAGGUAGUGUAGCUGGCCAAAUCGCCAAGAUCAAGGGCGCCACUGUUGUUGGAAUCUGUGGAUCGGACACAAAGUGCAGUUGGCUUGUUGAUGAACUUGGGUUUGACAUCGCGUUGAACUACAAGGAUCCUGACUUCCGAGAAAAGUUCAAGUCUGCCACUAAAAAUUACAUCGACGUUUACUUCGACAAUGUUGGUGGUGACAUACUCGACAUGUGUCUGGCUCGAGCCAAGGAGCAUUCACGAUUCGUCAUGUGUGGUGGUAUCAGCCAGUACAACUCGGCCAACCCCGUUGGUCCCAAGAACAUUUCCAAAGUCAUAACUAUGAGAAUCAAGAUGCAAGGCUUUAUUGUCUUUGAUCACCAGAGUCGCAUCCCCGAGAUUCGAAAGGAACUGUCUCAGUGGCUAGCGGAGGGCAAAUUGAAGAAGACUGAGACAAUUAUUAAAGGCGGAUUGGCGUCCGCCGAACAAGCAUUGGUGGAUUUAUACAAAGGCGCCAACCAAGGCAAGCUCUUGGUCGAAGUCAAGAACCCCGCGACACCUGCGAUAAAGCUGUAA